UAAAAAUGCAAUAUACCUGUAUAACCUGUAUUGAUAACUUAAGCCAGACAUAUAGAAGAGCUGCUUCAAUUGUGGGAGCUAAUAGAAGACAGCAGUUGAUCGAAAUUUCCACGACGUUACAGUUGUCUUGUUGAAUUAUUCGUACAAUGGCACUCCUAACCAAAUGGGGAAAAAAAAGGGUGCGGGAACUUUCGUUCCCCGGCUUUAUUAAGAAACUCUGUUUGAUCUCCUUUUUACUGGGUGUGAGCAUGAUGGUUGCCAAAGUGACGUACUUGGACCAAAAUGAAGGCCACAAAGAACUGUUUGAGCUGAGACUUCGGGUAACCGAGUUAAAAAAGCUUCUCGAGUCCAAAACAAAGAUAACUCGUGAAAUACCGGAAGCUCGAGAGUUGGGCCGAAAUUUUAACUUGACGGAAGCUCGAAAAGGAAUGGAAAAAAAUGUGACAGUAGUAAUGUUUUCUCAUAACGAAGAUGUGAGUUGUUUAAAAUCCAGAUUGGACAAUGUACUCCAAGAGUAUCCAAAUAUCAAAGUGAUCAUAUCUUCGACGAAAACUAUCGACAUUCCGUUCUCACAAAAUGUCGAAUAUUUACCAAACACAGAGAAGGAAGGAAAAGCACUGGCAACAAUGAUUGAUAAGGUAAAAUCCCCUUAUUUCCUGUACUUAUCAUCCAGUGUCCAGUUACCGCCACAAAACUCCGACAUCAGUGUCUCGUGGCUACUCCACGCGCUGGAAAAGAUACCGGAACUGGAUUUCAUUGGUGGAUCUUUCUUACGUAAUCAGACCGGUGCGCGGUAUCCCGUGCUGGAGGUUCCCUGUUACCGACUGCGCAUGUGCAACUGGACGCUGUCGCAAACGUUUGAAUAUCGGUACAGCGUGGACGACAUGAUGGUUUGCGAAGAAACAUCCUCUUCCUUCAUGGGACGAAAAAAAAAAGUGAUCGAACUUGGCCAAUUUGAUUCUAAUCUGGAUGCCAUGGCAACCACGGAUUUCUUUUGGCGAGUGAAAGGUAAAGCUGUCACGGGCCUCCGACCAGAAGUACAAUUCACGGUUUCCAAAAAGUGCUUCCCUCCUUCUUUACCUGCAGCUACUGAAGCCGAUCUGAAGUUUGCCUUUAUGAAAAAAUACGAACUCUACAUUGUUCGAGACAACUUUAAACGUGAAGUCAAGGCACUGGAUUCGAAGCAUUACAGCUCUUUGAAGAGAAAUUACGGCUAUAAUUAUAACAGAGAUGGUUACUUCGCCAGUCCGAUGUACGCACGCGGACUUCUGCUAGAUCUGGAAUUAGCUGCGGACUUCCUGGAAUCCAAGAAUAUUUCCUACUUCAUAGAUUCAGGAGUACCCUUGGGCGGUGUGAAAAGCGGGGGUCUUCUGCCGUGGGAUGUAGACAUAGACCUGGGGUUCUUUUACGACUGGAAACCCGUCCAAGAAGGGCUAGACAAAUUUUGCAAGGAAAAGGGUAUCCCGGCUAGCGUCAAAAGCGAACCACUUGGAGGCGGAAGGUAUAAAAUCUAUUUGCGCGCAGCGGGUGAAUUCGGCUACAACACAAUGUAUCAGCAACCGGCAAAAGAGUUAAAUGAGAAGGAUUUAAUGAUGUAUGUUUACAUUCACGGGCGAAAAUAUCCCGUGAAAACAUACCUCUUCGCUAGUUUCCGAGUGAUGUACGGAAUUAAAUAUUUAGAGAUGCGUGGACCACGUGGGCGCAUGAACUGUCGCACGAAAGGUCACCACGCAUGCCUACCAAGCGAGUUCAGUAAGGGUGGCGGUCAUUGGCGCGACUAUUAUUGUGAGCUUUAAGAAAAAGGUUAUUCAAAAGAAAGAGAGGAAGUGCUGAAUUAAUCCCUUUUUUUUCCUGUUUGUUGUUUGAGAUAUAGAAUUCCGUGGUCAAGCAAGCAGUCAUCCUUGGUAUUGAGUACAUAAGAUAAACAAAAAAUAAGUAAAAUAAGUAAUUAAACUUCAGAGAUCAUUAUUUAUUUAUUUGAUUAGUGUUUUAUUCCGUACGGAAGAAUAUUUUACUCAUAAGACGGCGGCCAGCAUUAGGGUGGAAGGAAACCGGGCAGAGCUCGGGGGAACCCACGACCAUCCGCAGGUUGCUGAUAGACGUACUUGUUACAAUAUAUUUUAAGGUAUGUAUAUGUGAUAUUUGACAGAAAAUGUACAUAUCUGCAUAUAGAUGACUCUACAUCGGUGUUUCUGUUUACUCAACAUAUCAACCAAUCCUUCAAAAACACCCUUAGUUUGCACAAAAUAUACACAAGCGUAUCAAAACCUUAAGUUAAAAAUAACGGGGGUCUUAGGGAGUUUUGAUAUGAAAUAAUAAAAUCCUUUGUAACACUGUCGUUAUUAUUUUGAAACGCCAUCACAUGAACUAGAGCAUGCAGAACUUUUUUUGAAUUUCCACUUAACCAUCCAAAAUGAGACACAAAACUAGUCUUUAUAUUUCUCGAGGGCACGCUACCCUCAAUUAUGACUGCAUGAAAGUUUUAAAUAUCAUUGUUUCAGUCGUUUACAUGACUUUAGCGCUUCAAUGGUAUACGUAUUUGAUCUUCAACUUAUGACAUUUUCAAAAAGAUGUGAAAUAAAUAAAUAAAGAAAUGUGUGGUAUACAUGACAGGGCCAUAGUUUAUUUAGUCUCACAAAAAAAAUGAAAAAUGUUUUACAAUCUAGCACUUUUGUUUUUAGCCAAAUUUAUAUUGCUUUUUAAUUAGAUUUAACAAUAAUAAUUUUUAUAUUGGUGAUGCGUUUCACGUAUUGUAUAUCCAUGGUAUUUUGUAAACGAAGUAACGAUCACAUGCUACAUGCU